AUGAGUACAGAAAAGUAUAUACCGCUACAUGUCUUAGAAAAGAUCACAAAUGAAUUCUCAGCACACUUAAGAAUUGGAACGGGUGGGUAUGGAGACGUUUACAAGGCAGUUUACAAUGGGAGAGAGGUUGCUGUGAAGUUGCUUCAUGUUGAUACGGUGCAAGGAAUUGAUGACCAACAAUAUAUCAAUGAAGUUGGUAACCUUUUGAGGGUUAACCAUCCAAAUAUCAUACAGUUACUUGGUUAUAGUUAUGAAACAAAGUCUGAAUUAGUUCAACACAAUAGCAAGCGACGUCUUAGUCAACACAUAUAUAGAGCCCUCUGCUUUGAGUUCUUCCAGGGUGGAAGCCUAGACGUGCGUCUUCGUGAAGAAUCUUUUGCACCUGAUUGGAGCACACGUUACAUGAUUAUAAAGGGCAUUUGUGAAGGAUUAGAUUUCCUUCACAGGUGUGAGCCACCAAUUUUUCAUCUUGAUCUGAAGCCUGCCAAUAUAUUACUAGACAGUUCCAUGGUGCCUAAAGUAGCAGAUUUUGGAUUGUCAAGGCUCUUUGGUGGAUCCCACACUCAUGUCACACAGCAAAUCAAAGGAACACAGGCGUACAUGCCACCCGAAUUCAUAAACGGCGGCAAUAUCUCACAUAAGAAUGAUGUCUUUAGUUUAGGUGUUGUAAUGGUAGAGAUAAUGACAGGAUCUCCAGGUCACUCCAGUUAUAUAGAAAUGGACGAAGUCGCGCAAUUUAAGCAGAAGGAAAGGGAAAAUGUUAGGACCACCAGUACAAUAACUAAGUACUCCCUCCAUCCCAAAAUAAGUGACUCAACUUUGCACCAACUUUGUACUAAGGUACAUACUGAUUGGAAGAAUAGGAUAAAAGCCACAUCGGAGUACCCAUCAGAGGAAUCACAUCAAGUGCAGACAUGCAUCGACACAGCAGUGCGUUGUGUGGAACCUGACAGAAACAGUCGACCCACUAUAGUAGAAGUCUUGGAUAUUCUGAACAAGACAGAAACUCAUAUUCCCAAGAGACAGUUGGCCGACGUUUUCCCAUGUCCGAUAAUUAAUCACAGCAAUACAAUGGCGAAUACAUUGAAAGAGAUGGCAGCUGAACUGGACAACAUAACAAAUCAAAACCGGUAUUCCAGUUUUAUGCCAGACAAUAGCUCUAAUAUACAGCAAGUUACUGACUUACGAGAAACAAUAUCGGAUGUGGAGGAAGAACUAGUUAUCGGGAGGACUGAAGACACACAGGAAAUAGUGGCUACUUUAUGUGGGAGCAUCACAUCGGAAAAUAAUAUCACCGUCCUUCCAAUAUAUGGCAUUGGAGGUAUUGGCAAGACAACCGUGGCUCAGUUAGUUUUUAAUGAUUCUCGAUUCGCAGGCUACUCUCGGGUGUGGAUCUAUGUGUCCCAACAUUUUGAUUUGAAUAAAAUUGGCAACUCAAUUAUAUCACAGCUAUCUGAAGAGAGCCAUGUAACUAACAAGCAGAUUAUAACUAAGAAGCUCAGAGAGCUAUUUUCUAGUAAGAAGGUUCUAAUUGUCUUAGAUGACGUGUGGGAGACGAAUCCACGUACACUCAAAGAUUUGAAGGUUAUGCUAAGGCCGGGUGUGGGCAGCAUGGUGACAGUUAUCGUAACCACAAGAGAUGAAGCCAUUGCAAGGGAAAUUUGUCAUACAGUUGAGCCAUACAAGCUAGAGACUUUAACCGAUAAACUUUGCUGGGAAAUAAUAAAACAGCAAACUUCCUUUAAAGACCGAGCCGACAAACAGCAACUGAAGCGUGUAGGAAGGGAGAUUGCAGCCAAGUGUGGAGGUAUGGCGUUAGCGGCUCAAUCAAUCGGAUACACACUGAAGGGGAAGACAUCUGAUGAAUGGGAGUCUGUCAGGGAUAAUUAUAUCUGGAAUCUAUCUACUUCCGAGGACCCGUCAUCAAUAGAUCAUGAAGUGCUUGCAUCCUUGCUGCUAAGCUAUAGCCGUAUGCCUUAUUGGUUGAAGUUGUGCUUUUCCUAUUGGGCAGUCUUUCCAAAAGGUCACAAUGUUGCGAAGCAUGAUCUAAUUCAGCAAUGGAUAGCUCUUGGACUCACUGAGCCAUCUAGAAUAUUCGAUACUAUGCAGCUCUGCGAGAAAUAUUUAACACAACUUUUGGGGAUGUCCUUCCUUCAAUAUUCAAUGACAACUUCGGGCGAUAGAGAGCGAGACAAAUAUGUUACAUUGUUCAGGAUGCAUGACCUUGUACAUGAUCUCGCAAAAGAGAUAUUCUCCCAUCAAAUUAACACAUGUGGAAACAGAUGCCGCUAUGCGUUGAUCAGAGAUUGUAGCAGCUCAUUGCAGUUAUCAGUGGCUUUUCCUGCAAAUAUAAGGGCGCUACAUUUUUGGGACUGUCACAACAUAGUGCUUUGUGGUGGUGCACUUUCACCAGCUAAGGGCCUCCGUAUCCUGGAUUUAAGUGAAUGCUUUAUUAGGAAGUUACCUGAUUGUAUUGGUCAACUGAAGCAGUUGAGGUUUCUUCAUGCUCCACAGAUCCAAGAUGAGAUGAUACCCAAUUGUAUCACCGAGCUCUCAGAAUUAAAUUACCUCAACCUUAGCAACUCCAGUAUCUCAUCAUUGCCGGAGUCAAUUGGCAAUAUGAAAGGCCUAAUGCAUCUUGACUUAUCAGGCUGCGGUGGAAUAUGGGAGCUCCCAGUAUCAUUUGCAGAGCUCAAACAGUUGGUGCAUCUGGAUCUGUCAGGUUGCCAUGGACCUAUAUCUGAAGCUCUCGGUGGCUUUACCAAGCUUCAAUAUUUGAAUUUAACAGAUUAUUUGGAACCUACAAACACGAAUAGGGGAGGCCCGCUAGAGUUCAUCGGUAAUCUAACUAAACUCAGGUAUCUAAAUCUAUCGGGGUGCAUAAACCCUAUUAUAGUUCAAUCAGAAGAUCAAAUUGGCAGCUUGUUUGGCUCUAUCAGCACACUUUACAAUCUAGAGCAUUUGGACCUGUCUCAGAAUGAAGUGCUUUCUAGUAUACCAGAAAGUAUUGGCAACCUCCGGAAGCUUCAUAUAUUGGACCUCUCAUACUGCCGUAACCUAAAGAAGCUUCCCGAAUGUAUGAUUCAGAUGGUUAAUCUGAAGGUUCUAAAUGUGGCCAGGCUUAAUUUGGAUGAAUCCGUGCUCUCUUGGUCAAAAUUGAAAUUUGCAUCAUUACCAGACUUUGUGGUGCAUGCUUCUAGUGAUAAAUGUAGCAGCAAUAUCAUUCUGCUUCGGCAUACAAAUCCUGAAGAGCUGAACAUAGAUAGACUUGAAAAUGUGAAGUCUGCAGAAGAGGCACGGAGUAUAAAACUGAUGGUUAAACGAAAAAUUGAAAAGUUAAGAUUUGAAUGGACUUCAGCUGCUGAGCGGUUUGUGGAUGACAAGGAUGUGUUGGAAAAACUAGUGCCACCAAGCAGUGUACACUAUUUUUCUAUAAAGGGUUACAUGAGUGUCAGCUUUCCUGAUUGGCUUAUGGAUAUUAGUUGGCAUCUCCCUAACCUCCAAAAACUAUAUUUUUUUGAUUUUCCCAAGUGCACCGAGCUACCAUCACUUGGUGAACUACCAAACCUACAAGAGCUGGAUCUCUACCGUAUGGAGAGGUUGGAAAAGUGGAACACGGAAUAUACCAAUUGGGACGAAGGAACAAAUGAGCUCAGGUUCCGCAGGCUUCAUAAAUUGACCAUAGACCGAUGCCCGAAAUUGAGGAUAAAACCAUGUCUCCCUAGAGCUAUACUGGACCUGGAAAUAAUAGAUAGUGAUAAUGUGCUAUCAUCAUGCAGAGAGAGCUCAUCACACCGUGGUGCGACAACAACUCAUUUGCGUGUCGGUGACAGCAAGGUGCCCAUGCAUCAGUGGAGGUUGCUUCACCACCUCCCCGCCCUUCGUAAAUUAAGUAUCGCAGAUUGCAGUGAUCUGACCACCUCAUCUGAGAUUAUCCAACACCUCUCCUCCCUCAGAUCACUAUCUCUGAGUAGGUAUAAGCUUGAAAGCAUGGCAUCACCACCUCAGUGGUUAGGAGAACUUACCUCUCUCAGAGAAUUGAAUAUCCGGCAGUGCAAGGGGAUCGGGUCUUUUCCGGACAGCAUACAACAACUGGCUAAUCUUGGAUAUCUAAGCAUCUCCAGCUGCCCUGCAUUAGAGAAAUGGUGUGAAUCAAAGGAGAACUUUAUGAAGCUUGUUCACAUCAGAGGGGUCCGUGUGGCAUUGCCAUCAACAUCGGCAGACAUACCCCUGAAAUAUUUGGAGGCAAUGAUCAUCGAGGAGACCACCGACUUGACCACCAUUAAGGAUACUGUGACUGACGUGGUGCAUCUGGAUCCCUUGUACACUGCUGUGAUGAACAUGCCUGGCUUUGUUGAGGAAGCUUUGCUUGUUGCCUUAUCUCAUUUGAUGGACAACGAUGCCCAGGCUUCUGCGUAUAUGGUUAUGGAGGAGGAGGACCGAGUAUCAUGGCUCAGGAAUUUCCUGGCAAUGCAUUACUAA